AUCAUCAUACAGAAGAUGGAUACAAGUAACCGGAGUCUUACUGAGGGUGCAAGUAGUGCUGCUGGUGACACCACCAUGGAAUCAAAUGAUUGGAGGGCUCAACUGCAUCCGGAGUUACGACAACUCAUCGUCGACAAGAUAGCUGAUACCUUUAAGAGUCAUGCUCCAUCCUUAGGACACAGCGAACUUAUGGAACAAGCUGUGAGUUUUGAAAAGUCGAAUUACAUUGCUGCCACAAGCCAGUCUGAAUAUAUACAGCAGACAUCACUGAAGACAGCAGCUCAGACUAGCAAUCCAAAUAGUGGAGAUCAAAAGGGUGCAACUGACGGUGUCGAUGACCCUACCUUGGAAUCUGGUGAUUGGAGAGCUCAACUAGAAGCAGAUUCACGACAAAUCUUCGUGAACAAGAUAACGGAAACCUUGAAGAGGUGUCUUCCAUUCGCCGGAGAUAAGGAACUACAGGAUAUAGCUGUGUGGUUUGAAGAGAAGACUUAUACCGUCGCCACAAGCCAAUCUAAUUAUUUACGGGAGUUAUCCGUGAAGAUGCUGGCUAUAGACCCCAUGCAAUCGAAAUCUGAUGCCAACAGUGUAAACCCGUGGGUGUUAGAUUUGAUACAAGACUGGAAAGAGGAAGUGUAUCAAAAGAUAAAAGCUAUGAAAGACCUGUAUCUACAAGAUUUGAAUGUCAUGCACCAGAACUCUCUUUCCAAAUUGCUACAGCAUGAUUCCCGUCAGCAGCCAGAUAACGAGCCGCUUGAGAUACUGAUAAGAUAA